AGCGCGGGUCGUUGUUCUAUUUAAUCCUACACACUACUACCCGACAACAACACCAAUAUAUAUGUUUAUGGCACAGAUUUUCCAACAAACAAUUUUCAUUCAAUCAUCGACUACCUUAACAUAUACAACACAUUUAAUAGACGAGAGGGUAGCUUAGCUAAUUCUAUUUUUGACCAUAAGUUUUCUGUUUGAUUGUGCAAAAAGGAUUUGUGAAAAAAUGUAACUUUUGAGUGGAAAAAUUUAUAAUUAUAAAAUUGAAACGAAUGAAACUGAUCACAAUGUCGUAUCAUUCAACAAUGUCGAAUAGUUUACGAUCUACUGACUCUGCAGGCUUAGUGGUCGAUCCACAGCGUAUACUUAAAUCAAAUAAUUCUCAUGACAGUAGUACUGAGUCAACGAGCCAAGUUAAGUUGGCGGGUGACGAGGCCAAAGAUAAAAUGUAUGAACCAAAGCAGAAUAAAAAAGUUAUUCGAGUGCUAACUGUUAUUGCAUAUCUGUUUUUUGUAUCGCUAGCAGCGAUUGUGCUAUCAUUGUAUUAUGUGAUUUUAUGGAAACCCCGAGCACAACGUUCGGCCGGCAUAAAUUCAACAUCAACUUUAAAGUGUCAACAAUGAGAAAAAUAUAUAAAUGUAAUACGUUCCUGUGUCGACGGAUUUGGAUAAUAUAAUGUUGCAUCUUUAUAUAAAUGUUCCCCCAAUUUCUUCCACAUCUAAAUCUCAUCCAAUCAAUGUCAAAACAAAGAUCUAUUAUCCGUCCCACACAUGUUUCCUUAAUAAUCAUUUUUCAAUUAUAUAAAUAUAUUAUAUACCUAUAUUAAA